GUAAGUCGACAGUCGCCAUGUUUUAGAUAGCGAGUCGUUCCCGCGCAUUUCUUGACAUCGCACGCGUCAACAUGAAACUUGUCAUUUUAUUAUCUGUUUUUCUUGUUAUAUCUGUAAUUGCUGCUCCACAGUCUAAAUUAGAAUUUGGAAAUAAUGAAAGCAGACAAGUUCUUGAAGAGGUGGUCGUGGAGUCAGUUCUUCACGUGAAGAGUCCAUCAGGUCGACAAGCAAGAACAAACACAAGAACUAAUUUGCAUGAUGGCGCCCGUAUUUCGGAAACAAAACCAAAUAUGAAUUAAUGGACAUAAAGCUUAUGUUUAGCUAAAAUAAAAUUAAUU